UCGGGCGGACGCCAGUGGACUCAGCACGAAGGCUACUGGGCAAGAAAUCUCCUCGUUUUGCUCCUCCUCCUCCUCCUCGACGCCGCUUCCUCGAAGAAGCUGUGAACACGUGGACAAGUGAAAACACAGUCAUGCAUGCAUGACUACGAAAGAAAAUAAAAAGCGUCGGCAUUACCUCAUCCAGGGAGGCUGCUGUGGCUUGUCGUGCCUCGCUUGACGUACGGACUGGCUCAAUCCCAGCUCAUCCCCCAUACCUCCCAAGAUGUUUGUACCCCCUCAGAUUCCCGAGAGCUUUUGCCAGGCAUGAAAACGGCCACACUUUGUUCUGGCAUGGGGUGUCUACACUCGUGCCCAGAUGUUCGACGCAACGAAAAUGACACGAAAUUCGGCUCCCGAAUUCGUUGCGCUUGCAUGGAUGGACCGGUGCACCGAAAAUGGACUUCGAGACAGAAAGCCGUAACGAUCCAGACCGUUACGGCCAGACGGAGGCGGACAAAUCCUGCCCCCCAAGUGCCCAUAUCCCCAAGAGUGCCUUCGACGUGCAGGAGGGGAUACGUGAGUGGGUCCACAUGCUCGGACAAUGCCGGGAGCUGCUGAAUGUUACCCUUGCCGUCAGACCUACGUUCGUAGACGGAGAUGAAGUGAGGAGGAAACGGUCCUUCACCGACGACUGCACAGGCGACUUCGGCGGAAGAGGGCGCAUUGUAGCGUCGAGGAUCUUUCUCCACAUCCCCGCGUUUUGGGGGCCUGCAAACUUUGGGACACGUACCUCAUGCGAGCAUAAAUCACACAAGUCAGGAGACGACGGCGUGCCACGUCGUAUGUAACAGACGACGCAUGGACGACAACCCCGUGCGCAAUUGCGGCAACUGGUCGGGGUGUCGAAUGUAGGUUGUUCUGUGCACCAGGGCGUGUUGCACGUUGAACUGUUGCAUGGGU